UUCCCCAGCGUUUGUUUCGCAUUUCUGUGACAUUUUUGCUGUAUUACUUCUUUUUUUGGCACCCUUGUUUCGCUGCGGUUUUGUUUUACAUUUCUCGACUGUCGAGGCUUGUGCUGCAGCAGCAGCAGCGGCAGCCUGGUUUCGGAGCAACAUGGCAUGGCAGAGACGGCAGAGCUGACUCACAGUGCAGCGUUGUGGAGUAUCAGCGUUCCUUGAAAGUCAAGUUAUGAUCGGAGUAUUGAGCACUCAAGGUAUUUAUAAUCAAGGCAUGAUGGAAAACACGAUCUUUUUGUUUGAAACGGUUUAGUAACUUUACUAAACCGAACCUCAAAAGUCAGUAACGGACGAUGAAGAGUCCGUGUUUUAUGACGCCGAAUUCUGCUACAUUCCCUUUCAAGUGCUGGGAAAGAUGCACAAGACGCUCUAAUAGGCUCGUCAUCACAUCUUGUAGUUGAGAAUGCGCGAAGAAUCGGCUCAUUCGUUCGCGACCAUCACGUGCUCAGGCGACGGGAGUAGCGGGAGGUUUCGGUUCUUUACCUAGAGUGCGACUUAUCACAGCUUUGUUUCCGUUGCAUCUGUUUAGGAUAAAUUCUUCGUGAUCCUAAACAGUAAUCUUCGAAAGGCGACAAGUUGAAUCGUGCGGAGCCAAUUAGCCAGCGACUGCCGUGGCUUGGCCCGUCAACGAGAAACCUCAAGACGGGCCAUUAUGAGAAUGGAUUGAUAUGCUUCAAACAUUUCGUCAAGCAGAGGGUGUGCACCAGGAGUCACACAAGGGACAUUGACUAACUCAAACGACUGGGAGAUGAUUGAUUUCCAUGUCCCCUUUGCGCUUAAACUCAUUAUGAAGGGCUUUCUCUUCGAACUUUUGAAAGAGUUGCUUGGCCACCAGACGGGGUUUGCGACACCGUCUUGCGAUCUACUUCGAAGUGUCCAAGAGAUGCACCUUGAUGAUGAUUGGAGUGGGCAAGAGCCAGGAGGCGCAUGGAGAUUGAUGGUAUUCUAUAGAGACAACUAGAAGUAGGCCUCAUUAUCAGCAAAUCAAUAGCUCCAGUAGGAAGAGCAGGCAAGAACAAAUCCUGGCAAGCCUGUCUUAAAUGAGGGGAGCCAGAGGGUAUGUGGCCAGAGGAUGUAGGUGGGAUCCGUCAGCUGGUUUGGUAGCAGCACGAGUAUUUUAUACUUUCUGUUCAAGAACAGUUCGGAAUAACACACUGGACAUUGACUUUCCAUUUUAAACCCUCAUUCCAUAAGCAGGAGUUGGACCCCACCCGUCCUCGCGAGAUGGAUAUGUGAUCGAUUGAUACCUCGCCCAGCGUGCAUGCACUGGACGGUGGUGGUCCACUGUCUAUGCGUGAAUCGAUAGAUUCACAACAGGACUGUGAGAACUUACUAAUUAAGCCUACCCCUUCCUCAUCCCUAGGACAGGCAAAAAAUAAACUUAUUCUCGUUGGAGCUCCUGUUCUGCCAUAUGGACUCUUGGCGCGCGAAACUUUUCAUGUCUAGGACUCUUGUAGAUGUAAUCCCCUCGAGGUCGAGAGUCGGUGUCCAUGAAGAAUUUAUGAUCCAACAAACUUCUUCGGACAAGUACACGAGGUGGUAGCGCAACAUACACUUGACAUCCUUAGAAAAAUUAGAGGGAACCUACAGUUUGAAAGACACAAUCAUACACACUACAAGUAGAGCGGUAUAGACUAGAACAACUAAGCUUAUCUACCUUCUGGCCAGAGGAGACGUGCAGUGCAUAAUGCUGAAGAGUCGAGAGUCCAGGUUGCGCUCUAUUCAGCUUCCUCGAAACUGGAAGUUUAUCGGGCCAAUCAACUGGAUCAUAUAGUCCAAACCCACGAGGAUGUAACGAACCAACUCGAGAGGGCCCAUCAUCCCGUCAUCCCUUAAACCCCCCCAACCUCGACAAGCGAAACUCUUGAGAUAAGAAAGUAAGUCUCUCCGAAGGGGUGGUACUGUUCUGAUGCGAUGAGAUCGAUAGCAGUUGUUUAUAAUAAUCUGUCUUUUAACGGUGGUACCCUUUCUCAACUACAGCUGUUUAAUGCAUAUGUAAGAGGUGACAGUCUCGUACGAGGAACCAGCGAAUUGCAAGAACAUGUGGAUUCACGUCGAUCCCAGGGAAAAGGACACUGCAUCCAAGAGACAUUCUCUCGCUCACAGAAAGUUUCAACUUCUUGUGCUCCAGAACUCCUGCGGCGUGAAGCCUUUUACCGUGACAGUUAGCAGGACCGAGUCGCCGAAGCGUGGCGUUCUUGUAACGUAAAAUGGCGUGACCGGUCCGACAUGCCGAAGAGUGUAUCUCAACAAGCAGCAGCGUACGCUCGUGACAGUGACAGACAAGACAGACAAGAACGACAAAGCGUCCUAGUCAGUGACUGGCAUCGCGACGUCCUUUGUCUCCUGUGACAGCCCGGUGACCGUGGGUCGACGAUACCGUAUGCCAUUCACGUGGUAGCGAUCUUCACAUGAUCGUAGUCGUGGAUGCUGUUAUUAGACAAGCUUUAUUGCCGUGAUUGUGGUAAGCCUUGCUUUAAUUUGAGUUGGGCUGGACGUCUGCCUGGCCGCGUCCGAGCGUAGGAUCAAUCCGCCUUGUAGUUCUUCGAUGAAGAUUUGCAGAUUAUCCUAAGCUUCAUUAGCCUAAUUUGCUCAUGAUUAGUGGAAGCCAGAUAAUGACUCAUCGGUCUCUGUGUGAAGGUAUAGCUCUGCACUCGAGUAUUUCCCUGAGCCGAAGGGUGCCAUGCGGCCCGAUGGUUUAUGUAGCGGGUUACGUUAAGUUUAGGGCUACUUUAAUUGGUCACGAUUUGAGCAUGCUCGACCAAUCGAUAAUGGUUAGUCAGAGUAAUCAGCAGGAGGAUUAUGAUUAGUUUCGUUCCUCAGGUGGUCUGCACAGACGAAAGUACCUGCACAGUGUAACGUAGAGCUCGUAAUUUCAUGCCUCCAUU